CUGGGCUUCUCCCAGAACACCAUAAAUCUUAGUGAGUUCUCCCAACUCUCUAACAACUGUUGUGUGUGUUGAAGUUCGUUGGAUGAUGUUUUGGCACAAACCAAUCAUCUCUGCGUGUUUGAUGAUCAGACAGAAGCAACGUCGUGGACAUGCGCACACGCAGCUGACAUGACCCAGCUCACCGUGGCGAGGUGGUGGUGAUGGUCUUGAAAGGCCAUGCACAAUACCAUCAACAGCCACAACCAGCAGUGACAGCAGUGACAGCAGUGACAGCAGCGACAGCAGCAGUGGAUGACACGACCACCAUCAACAGUCUGCAAGCCGGUUGAGCCAUGUGGGCACUGCAGGCGGCGUGCUGGCUGGCUCACAACACCCUCCUCUACGGGUCUGACCAUUGAUCGCAGCACGAGCACAGCAGACACCACCACGCUUGAUGAGCUGCUACACGGCGGAUGCAAGUGGAUCAGCGGCGUGGCUGCGGACGAUGACCUUUUCCUGCUUCGGCAUUCCAUGCAACUCGCAUUCCAUCCUCAUCGUCGAUCCAGCCGCAAGCGCGGAAAUACCUCGUCACCUUCAGGGGUACCACCAAGCCUGCUCGUUCUUGAUGCCAUGUGCAACCACCUCCCCAGGCUGCACAAUGGCAGGAACAUUGUGUUGGUGCGCGCGUGCCGGUGGUUUGGCGAAGAGCGCAUGGGCCGUGAGGGGGAAGGUAGGAUAUGACCCGUCGUGUACGCAGGCAGAAGAAGAGUUCAACAAGUACACGUACACGGAACUGGCACUGGAGACCAAAUUUUGGCUCAUCAUCAUGGCUGCGGGUGCCAUCCCCGUCAUUGUCGUCGAUCACUACGUGCUGGGGCACCACCAAGUCUGCUCGUUCUUGAUGCCAUGCGCAACCACCUCCCCAAGCUGCACAAUGGCAGGUGUUGGAUAUGACCCGUCGUGCAAGCAGGCAGAGGAAGAGUUCAACCAGUACACGUACACAGAGCUGGCGCUGGAGACCAAGUUUGGGCCCAUCGUGGAAGGAUUUGGCGACCACUCCUUCAGAUCAUGGCUGCGGGCGCCAUCCCCGUCAUUGUCGUCGACCACAACGUGCUGCUCUACCAGGACCUGCUCGACUGGGAGACGUUCAGCAUUCGCAUUCCCGAGCACAGGCUCCUCGAGUUCUUCAAGUCCCUCUCCAUCCAAGUGCACACAGCGCUGGAGUCUGCCAAGAUCAACCUGUUCAGCGGCGACAACGCCUGGCAGGGGGAAGAUGCAAGUGGAAGGGCUGGCGUACGACACGCCCAAUGAGACGCCACACGAUGUGAUGCAGGAGUCUGUAUGGUGCAACACCCCCGCCCACCGACGAAAGGCGGCCAAGGAUAAUGCCCCCAUGUGAUGUGUUUGCGACGACGAUGAGGGUGAGGAGAGGAUGAGAAGGAGGAGGAGGAGGAGGAGAAGGACGAUGUCUAACAGCGCCGCCAAGAUCAGCUUUGUCACUAGUUCGAUAGUUCAGCCCACCUGUUUGUGGUUACUCUGCGUCAGUACAUGGAAGUAAACGC